CGGGCGGCAGAAGAUGGCGAGGGUGUGUAGGCGGCAGCAAUGCUCCGUUGAGAGACGCGGCUUUCGGCAAGAACUGGACUCGUGGCGCCACAAGCUCAUUCACUGUGUAGGUCCCGUUUCCCUCUGUGCGGCGGCCGGCGGGACCAUAAGGGCUUAACUCAUAUAUUUAACCCCCCUCCAAAAAGGUUUGAAAGUAUUCUUGAAGGGCUGUUUGGACCUGCAUUAUUAAAAGAUCUCAGUUUAUUUAAAGACUGUGAACCUGAAAGCAUUUCUGAUUGGACUUUUGAUGAAAAUUGUCUAUUCUGUUGCUUGAGAAGAGAUAAAGUAAAGGGACACUUAGUCGGUCUGGAUGAACCAGCUUCGGGAGCUGGGCAAGAAGCUCUGCUUAAACAAGAGCAAGCAAAAAUCAUUCGAUUCGAGAGACAAGCAGAAGAGUUCCUCAAUGCAGUCUUUUAUAGAAAAGACAGUCCCUGGGUCUCCGACCCCAAUAUUCCCCUAGUGGCCCGUGAGAUCAUGCAGCGAAUGAUCCAACAAUUUGCUGCUGAAUAUACCUCAAAAAAUAGCUCUACUCAGGACCCCAGCCAGCCCAAUAGCACAAAGAACCAAAGCCUGCCGAAAGCAUCUCCAGUCACCACCUCUCCCACGGCUGCAACUACUCAGAACCCUGUGCUCAGCAAACUUCUCAUGGCUGACCAAGACUCACCUCUGGACCUUACUGUCAGAAAGUCUCAGUCAGAACCUAGCGAACAAGACGGUGUACUUGAUCUGUCCACUAAGAAAAGUCCAUGUGCUGGCAGCACUUCCCUGAGCCAUUCUCCAGGCUGCUCCAGUACUCAAGGGAACGGUGAGAAAUCAACAGAGGCUAUAGCAGUAGAUUCUAACAAUCAGUCGAAGUCCCCACUGGAGAAGUUUAUGGUCAAACUGUGCACCCAUCAUCAGAAGCAGUUCAUUCGUGUUCUGAACGAUCUGUACACUGAAUCUCAGCCAGGCACCGAGGACGUGCGACCUGAUUCAGGAGCAAUGGACGCAUCCACUUGCAGUGCAGGCUGUGCCCAGCUAGGCACCAAACAUAAGGAAAAGGAUGCUGUGUGUCUCAAUAUGAAGUCUCCUACUUCUGUAGAUUUGUUCAUAGACUCAUCGGGCUCUCACAGCCCUCUACGCUUGACAGAACAGGCCCUGAAGGAGUCCCCUCCCGAGACAGAGUCUGUAGAUGGAAGAGAGAAUGCCUUGAAUAUUAUCCAGAAAGAUUCCUCUGAGCUACCAACCACUAAACCUAAUUCUGGUAGUUCAGUGGAUAGUUCCACUCUGGGAUACCUCACUGCAUCGAAUUCUUCCUCAUUAAACUUCCACCACAUCUCUAAAAGCUUGGAGGGGCAAACCACUGGACAGGAGCAAGACACAAAUGUGAAAAUACACGAGGAUGGUAAAGACCAUAUGCAGAGCUCAGCUUUAGUAGAAAGUCUAAUUACAGUAAAAGGGGCACCUGAGAAUAGUGAGGAGAGCAACAGCUGUCUUAUUUCUCAAAGAAAUUCAUUCAAAGCUUUAUCAGAAGAGGCUUGGGACUCAGGGUUUACGGGGAACUCACCUAGAACUGCUGACAAAGAGAACGCUUUACUGUGUAGCUCAAAGACACCUUUGCGCCAAGAGUUAGAGUCCAGUGAACAAGAUUCAAGGCCAAAGCAGGAGAACCAUCUUCACUCACUAGGAAGAAAUAAGGUGAGUUAUCAUUUACAUCCCAGUGAUAAGGGCCAGUUUGAUCAUUCCAAAGAUGGUUGGUUAGCCCCCAGCCCGAUGCCCUCUGUACACAAACCAUCUAACGGACAUUCGCGAACCAAGAUGAUAUCAACCUCCAUUAAGACAGCUCGGAAAAGUAAAAGGGCAUCAGGGUUGAGGAUAAACGAUUAUGAUAACCAAUGUGAUGUCGUUUAUAUCAGUCAGCCAAUAACAGAAUGCCACUUUGAGAAUCAAAGAUCAAUAUUAUCUUCUCGGAAAACAGCCAGAAAGAGUACUCGAGGAUACUUUUUCAAUGGUGAUUGCUGUGAGCUGCCAACUGUUCGCACACUGGCCAGAAAUUUACAUGCCCAAGAGAAAGCAAGCUGCUCAACACUGGAGCCAGAGGCAGUGGUCACUCCCAAGGAGACCCUUACACUUCCAGCCCCUGGACCCACCAUGGAUGUGCAGCAUCCCAGAGAGGAUGACCACGAAGAACCUAGUAAAGAAAUAACCUCCCUCAAGGAAGGAAACAGAGAUGCUUCCUCUGAAAAGGAAUCUCAAGAGCCUGAGGUUUACCCCAUGACAAAUAAACCAAAUCUGAGCAGCUCUCCUAGGUCACAGGAAAUGACAGCCUCCAGCCUGGCAUUGUCUCUCCCUGUUCACCUUCCUGAAGAGGACACACCAGAAAGCAGCUCCAUGGUCUCAAUUCCUAUGGCAAGUGGGAUGGCUUCCCCUGAACGAGACCAGCAACCAGUCGAACUGCUAGAAAUCAAGGAGGGGACUGUCCCCCAAGACUGUCACCUGGUUUCCUCUCUUGAGAGCAUUUCUGAGGGAGGCAGUGAAGAUGUUGUUUCUAGGCUUCAUUCUUCUCCUGAAACAGUCAGUAGAGAGGAAGGUCCUCCAUGCUCAGAAAGUCAGAGUCCCCCAGUGAGCUUGGAGCCUCCUCUGAGCCUGGGAAACACUGAAGACAACCAAAGCAUCAGUCCUGAGGCUGAGACUGAAGACACUCAGGAGCUAGAUACUGACCCACUCAUGAAGGAAAGCAGCACUUUGACUAAUGAAAACCCCAAUGAAAUUGAGGAAAGUGAGACAGCAGGUGGUACAGGAAAAUUAGAGGGACAGAGUAGUGAUGCAAAACAUUUUUCAGAAGAAGAUAUGUGUGAUCAAAACAUUGACUCACCCGAAGAGAAUUUGGACAAGAAGAAAAAAGGUAAAAAACUCCCUGAGGCCUCUGACAGGUGCCUAAGAAGUCAGCUUUCAGAUCCUUCCUUUGCUGAUAGGUGUCUAAGAAGUCAAAGUUCAGAUUCCUCCUCUGCUAUUCCUGAGAUCAAGGUUUCCAAAAAUCCUGGUAUGAAACGUUCUAAAAAAGAAGGGUGCCCUGGUGAGACACCACCCGAGGGCCUUCUGGCUGACAGCUUCCAUGCAAAAGCUCUGGAGGACACUGAAAACCCAGAUGUUGAUGAAAACCCCCCUGAGAAAGAUGUGGAGCAGGAGGGCAAAGAAGGUGGGGUCAUCACCAGGCAGACUUUUAAAAACAUGCUGGUAAAAGAAGUCAAAGAGGAAGAAGGAGGUAUUUUCCCCAGCAGUGAUCCCAUAACCACAGUAGGCCAGCCCCUGCCUGGAGAAAGACUGGAAAUCUAUGUUCAGUCUAAGUUAGGUGAGAAAAUUGCUCAUGCUCCCUCAGAAAGUGUUCCUUGUACUUCCCCAGAACAAUCAAAAGAGAAGCCGGAACCAAUUCCUGUACACGAUACAGAGGAGGUUGUGAAUGAGGUUGGUGGUGCAAAUACCCAGCAUAAAGGUGACGAGAGUCGUGCACCGUCCAGUGCACUUGGCUUGUCAAGUAGUGGAAGUGGUGACACAGCCGGUCCCCCACAGUGGGCCCCGAGGCUUACAAGACUGACCUCUUCAACCUACAAUCUAAGACAUGCUCAUUCUCUGGACUCCUCGGAUACUGCAAAAGUGACUUCAGAAAAAGAAGCAGCACAGGGAAACCCAAAGCCAAAGGAAAAUGGGGCUUCAGAGAAUGGAGAUCCCUUAGACGAGGAUGGUGUGGACACGAUGGUGGAUGACCAGCCGAAGUUUGUGGAAUGGUGUGCAGAGGAAGAGAACCAAGAGCUCAUUGCCAACUUCAAUGCCCAGUACAUGAGAGUCCAGAAAGGCUGGAUCCAGCUGGAGAAGGAAGCCCAGCCAACGCCAAGAUCAAGGAGUAAGUCAGAUAAACUGAAGGAGAUUUGGAAAAGCAAAAAAAGGUCGAGGAAAUGUAGGGGCUCGUUGGAGGUUCAAAAGUUUUCUCCUGUUCAGAUGCUGUUUAUGACAAACUUUAAAUUAUCCAAUGUUUGCAAAUGGUUCUUAGAGACAACUGAAACCCGGUCUCUGGUGAUCGUGAAGAAGCUCAAUACUCGUCUUCCGGGAGACAUCCCCCCUGUCAAGCAUCCUCUUCAGAAGUACUCUCCUUCCAGCCUGUACCCCAGCUCACUACAGGCCGAGCGCUUGAAAAAACACCUGAAGAAAUUUCCUGGAGCUACUCCUGCCAGGAACAAUUGGAAAACACAGAAGCUCUGGGCUAAAUUUCGAGAGAAUCCUGACCAAGUGGAGCCAGAGGACGGCAGUGAUGUCAGCCUUAGUCCCAAUUCUGAAGACAGCGUAGAGGAAGUCAAGGAAGCUAGAAAUAGCCAUCCUCCCACAAACUCCCCUACCCCAGCCAGUACUCGGAUCCUCAGAAAAUACUCCAAUAUUCGAGGAAAGCUCAGAGCCCAGCAAUGUUUGAUCAAGAACGAGAAAAUGGAGAGCCCAUGUGGACAGGCUGUGGAGAGUAAACCAAGUUGUAAGAGUGUAUGCAUCAACCCUCUGAUGUCCCCCAAGCUUGCCCUGCAAGUGGAUGCAGAUGGGUUUCCCAUUAAGCCCAAGAGCACUGAUGGAAUGAAGGGAAGGAAAGGGAAGCAGAUAUCUGAAAUCUUGCCGAAAGCAGAAGUGCAGAAUAAACGCAAGAGGACAGAAGGUGGCAGCGCUCAGGACAGGAAGGACAAGGGACCUGCAGUGAAAGCCAGCAAAGAAAAGCAUAGUGAUGGAUCCACCAAAACCCCUGCUGCCAAGAAGCCAGCUGCAAGGGACAGAAUCGUCCAACUACCCAAAAAGACAUCCUUGAAAGAGAAUAAAGUGAAGAUCCCCAAAAAGUCCCCUGGGAAGAACUGCCCUCCCUCUAGGAGGGAAAAAGAAAAUACAAACAAAAGACCCACCCAGCCAGCCACCUCGGAGACAGUUAUGAAACCUGCAAAGCAUAAGGGGGCAGGUGAAUCCUCUUCAAGGCCACAGAAAGCCACCAGCAGGAAGCAGAGCAGUGGAAAGGCUCGGGCCAGACCCUUGACGAAAACCCCAGAGAGCAGUGUGGCCCAGAGAAAGCGAAAGCUGAAGGCAAAGCUGGACUCUUCCCACGGCAAACGGAGACGGCUGGAUGCAAAGUGACCGCAAGGCUGGUAGCCCAGAGUUAAACUGUCCUACAGAAGUAACUCUUCAUUUUGCAUUAACUAAACCUGCUUUUAUAAGCUUAUCCAGCCUUUCAAAUCUGCAGUUAAUGGAGAACACCACAAUUUAAGAUGUCAAAAAAUGCAUCUCAGAUGGAGAAGGGAACUUGCAGAGUCUUUCUCUGAGGCUGAGUAAGGGAAGUUAUAUAUUAUAUUCUGGUUGUUCCUUGGGUUUUAAACUUGGAACCAAGCAGUUUUAGUUUUUAAAAGUACAGUGCCUUAUUUAUCCUUUUUGUUUUUAAAUUUACAAAAGCUAAAAAGCUGAUCUAUGUGAUUAAAGGCUUGUAUUUUAUACUUGAUGCACAAGCACUUGUACUGUAGCCGAGAAGACCACCAUCAUGCACAUAAAAGUAGCUUUUCAGCAGCCACCCUGUGGUGUCUGUACCUGAACAGACACUCCUCUUUGCAAACCCUAGCAGUGAACUUCCCUCUCUGUCUUGUUUGUUUGUUUAAAUGAUAUUCGAAAGCUAAACCAAAUCACUUUUAUGGUAUGUAGAGAAGGCAGAGGGAAUUUAUUAUUAUAAAAGAUGAAUAUUUCUGUUACCCUUUUUAAAAAAAUCCUGUUCAUUAUUGGUCACUCCUCUCACUUUUGAUCCUUUGUCAUUUGAGAAGAUAUAUUCUAAACUAUAUGCCCAUGGGACAGAAGAUGUGUCACAUGGUGUUAAUAUUGGGUUAUGACCUCUAAAAAUUGUUUAGAUCCCCCAGGUGAUUCGCAUUACUGAUUCUUGCCAUCAUUUUAACUUUUGGCCUUGCAAGCUUGCUAGCGCUCUAACGAGGUUGUCAUCCAACUUUGGGGGGAAAAAAUGUAGGAUUUUUUUUUCAUCUUGUAACUGUAACUUGACAAUUAGCCUAAGAGUGACUGUUCUAAUAUUCUUUCUUACCCUGAAUACUUCCAUAUUCAAAGAAAGCCAGGUUGUUAUUUCUAGUAAUAGAAAAGUUUAAGAGUUUGUGCAUGUGCAUUUGCCUGUGGCUGUUAGCCACAGGUGUCUCCCAGCCCCAGUUGUGCAGUAAAAUUCUUUGUUGCCACGCAGUGUGCUGGGGCGUUCACGAGCUGGUAAAUUAGCACAGGCCGGAUGGUUUAAAUAUGGCCCAGGGUCUCUGUGAGAGAGUUUGGCAAGAGACUCAGAAAGGUCUAAACAGCAGAGUUAUGUAAAGGUCAGAGCAAGUUUGCUGUUGGAGGAAGCAGCCCCGUCUCAGUGGGCCCGCCCCGCCCCUCCCACAUGGAGCUGACGUCCAGUUGGUGCGUUCCCAUGUGAAUGUACGUGUUUAGAGCAGGUGUUAGCAUUCUAGUUGGUUAGCACCAUACUGGUAGGUAAUGCUUGUAGUGUUACUCCUGCCUCUGUCAUGUCAGGCUCUGUUCCAUGGCUCAGAAUUGAGAGCUGCGGGGUCUGUAACUAAUGUUGUUUGCCUUUCCUGAGUGACGCCUAAGGUGGUUGCAUUGGCUUUACCUUGAUGCCUAUAAUGUUACUCCAUUAUAACACCGUGUGAAUUCCACAUUUCCACUGCGCCACUCCACAAAAAACGCUUGGUUGUUCAAGCUUCAACCAGCUUCUCUAACAUGCUCCGUCACAGAAGUAGGCUUGUGUGGACAGGUGCCACUCUGUCCGUUUUACUCAAGGUUUUCCAUUUAGAUUGUUCAGAUCUGUUUAGUCCAUUCAGAUCUGGAUGGACUUUUUUCAUGUAUAGUUCAGCCAAAUCACGAUAAAACAGGCCUUCUACCCAUUCUGUGAAAAGUUUGCUCUAUAUAAUGAAAACUUCUGAUGACUGGAUAGGACUGGAGAAAAGCAUGUGAUUCAUGGGAAAUUGAAAAUUGCAUUGAAUUUCAUAGAUAAGGAAGCUUACUAUCUUCAAUGAAGCCUUGACUUUUUUUUUUCCCCUCCAGUGUCUCCUCUAUCCCAUGAGUCUCUUUUUUCUUUUUAAUAUCUUUGACUUUGGCCAUUCAAGAGCUACCUAUAUUAAUGAAACUGCUGAGUGUGUAUGUUGGCAGCCCUUUCUCAGCAUUAAGUUGCACAGAAGCAUUAGUAUGUUUUGAGUAGGUUUGGUUAAUCUUUUAAAAGUGGUUUUAAAGUUUAAAAAAAUAUUUUCAUAUAGUCGUCACUGGAUACUGUUUUUGUGGUGACUUAACCAGCUGAGGUCUGCCGAUGUUCGCUGCACAUAGACUGCCUUGUAGCGGGGCUCAGAUUAAUUUAGGGAGAGGUGUGGGGCAGUGUAAGUGGGUGGGACUCCUCCAGUUUCGGGUUUAUAAUUCAUUCCAUUACUUUUCUAAGUGCUUUUUCAUUUUAAAAAGCUUACUUCAAAAUAAUGGCUUUUUCUCCCAUCUUAGGCAGCCUUUGAGAAAAGGUAUGCAUGUGUAUGCAUUUUUUUAUACCCUGCAGUGGAUCAUCUUUAAAAUCAACUUACACUUUAUAGUAGUAGCUGCAUUUAAAUAGCCUGGGAUUCUACGUAAUUAGAACACUUAAAAGUUUAGAAUUAUUUUUAUAUUUGUUGAAUCUCAUUUUUGCUGAUUCAGUUAAUUUUGCUAAUAAGAAAAAGGAAACAAACAAACUUGAGGGCUGGCUCUGGAACGCCCUUUUACACUUAGAGCCAAUGCUGGCAAACCUGUCUCCUAGACACCUCCGAGCCAGACUUGGAAUUAACUCAAGUACCCCCUUGUUUUCCCUGUCUCGCAAAGACCUCCCUUUUAAAGCCAUCUUCAGAGUAUGGCUUGCCACCCACCAGAUGCAGAGGCAAUCUGUCCGACAUUCCAGAUUCCAAAUUAAGAAAAAAGGAAAUUCUGCUCCUGGGCCUAUACUCAGUGAAGUGACUGUCCCAGUGUUGGAGCUGAAGUUGAUGACCAGAGAACACUGGUAUUACCUCUGAACUUCUGGGAGAGCUGCAGGAUGCCUGGGAAGCAAGGACUGAAGCUCUACCAUGGCUCCCCAGGGCUGGGCCCUCUUCAGGUGACCCAUUUUCUGUCCCCUGUUUUCUAGCCCCUCAGCUUCCCUGGGCUUGGGAGGACAGCAUGGAGACUGCUCCCCAGUCAGGGUCCAGAGCCUCCCUCACAGCACUCCCUCAGACACACAGCAGUCUUGCAGCACAGCAGGAAGGCAACGAACAUUUAUUCUGCUCUUAAGGCUUCCUGCAUUGGAAUGUCUGUCACUAGUGUGUUUGUAUCUGCAAUUGCUAGUCCCUUAGGCUGGUUCUGUUGCAUCUGUAUUUCAGUAAAGAUUUCUACACAAGCCUUAUCUAAAAACAAUAACCUUGGGCUGUGGGUUUCAUCCUUGCACUAGUAUGGCUAGGAGGGGCGCAGGUCAUCGACUCUUCACAGGUGUGCUGCUUCUGAGGGGCUCCUCUGUGCAUCACACGCUGUUCAGAUAGGACAUCGGUGAAACACACCACUUCAAGACAGUUGUUCUGAGCCGAGGUUUGAUCUCUUUCCUGCCUUGUGGUGGAUUCGUGGUGAGAGCUGAGGCUGUCACUCUACUCUGUGGGCAGCCUUCCUGCUGAUUGAAGGACCUAAGAGCUAAGUAGGAAAGGACAGCACGCUACAUGAUGCAGUUUGGACAUGGUGUAAGUACCACCAUCAGCAAGGCUGGUGGCUUGUCAUAGCACCAGGCGCUGUAUUGGAAUCUCCCAGGGUGCCAGGCCAGGGAGCCACACCCAUUCCUGUUGGUUUUCUGUCAGCCCAUACAGGCUGUCUUUUGGCUUACAGAGGAUCAAGGGUCUGCAGGAUAUGGGCUGGUCACUCUUUUGUAAAUAAAAGUUUAUUGGAACCUAGCCAUGCCCAUUUGUUUGUGUAUUUUCCUCGGCUGCUUUCCAGCAGAGCAUCGUAUCUACAACAGAGACCAAGGGCCUGCAAAGCCUAAAAGAUUUACGUCUGGACCUUUCAGAAAAAGUUUGUUGACCCUCCUUCCUUAAGAAAAUAAUCCUUCCUCAGUAACAAAUUUUGCCUGAUUUAUCUCCUCCUUUUUCCUCCCCACCUCCCUGUCCUCUUCUUUUCUUCUCUUCCCCCCUUAUCUUCCCUCAGUUUUGUUCUUCCUUUUACACUUCUUUAUUUCUUCUUGCUACAGAAGAGACACGGUAUAUUGCUCUAGCACACUGACGGCCACCUGCCGACUCGUGAGCUGCUACAGCCUCACACCUCCCUUCUUAGAACUGCCUGUCACUGCAGCCAGUGCGAGGCCACCUUUAGCCUCGAAAGUCAGACCCCGUGAGCAAGCAGGGCUUCAGAGUUCUAAGUGUGGCCUGGGCUCUCAUUUCACUGGGUCUUUAUUGUAGACCUGACUCCAGCCUCACUUCUUGUUUGUCCCUAAGGUAAGCCAAGAUGUGGUUUUUCUCAAAAUUAGUUGAAAAUACUUUGGUUGGAUGCUCCAUUUUCUGACCCUCACAUUUAGGUACAGAAAAAGCCUUUUCACAGAAGGCAAAACAAAGUCCAGUCACUAACCCAAAGUAUUUAUUAUAUAAUAUUUUGGGCCAGCUUCUAGGAAAAUAAAAACAUGUCAGCACUAAUAUUGUUUUAGUCAUAUACUCUCCUUUCAAAAUAAUUCUAUUAAAGGCAAGCCAGCAAAUGAAAAAUAGGGGCUUUGAAUGUGCUUUUAGGCAAGAAUAGAAAAUUAGGGCAUAUUACAACCUGAGUGUGACUGAGAAGUUGUGGAUUCUAUCUUUGGGUUGAAUCCAGUCAGCUUCCAAACUGUUGGUCUUCCCUGUCCCCCAGAACUCAAAGAUAAGCUUCCAUACUGGGAGUUUUUUCCAAGGAAAGUUGUAUGUCAUGCCAGUGAAAAAAUUUAAGUCAAUGGCCACAGAACAGUGACUAUUUCAAUUAUUUUGAAACAGAUAGUUAUCAGUUUGACUUCUCAGCCAUUAAUUGUUGUCUUCUCACUGCUUGAUAUGCACUGAAAUCCUGGAAAUUUUCUUGUAGAUCACAUUGGCAAGGCAGUCCUCACACACACACACCCCCACCCCCCGGCAGUAAGUAUUCUUCCCCGGGCUUGCUCCCAAAUUCUUUUUCAGGGAAAAAAUGAAAAUAAAAGAUUAUUGUAUUUAAAACAAGCAGAAUUAUGGAAAGCCUUUUGAGGCAACGUUCAGUUCAUUCCAUGAAAUGUCAGAACAGACUGCUUGUUCCUAGUGGACAGAUUGGAAGACUUGAAGGUCUGACCUCUUUCCCUUAGAGAUAAUAAGUCACACUCAGGCAGAAACACAGAGCUCUCUGAUGGCACUUCUGACGUAGGCAUUUGCCGUGUCAUGCUGGGCACCCGGAGAAGCGCCCAGGGCACUUCUGCAGAGGGUAUGCUUGCUCAUGCAUGCUCUUGGGAUUGAGCCAAAGCUGAUCAGUUCCUUCCAUUACCUCCUGUCUGUCUAAUCUUUCUUUUCCCAGAGCCCCGGUGCUGUUUGCUCGGUGCUUAGGAGACACCCGUAGCUUCAUAGCUUCGUGUUUCAGGGCGGGUGUGGUGUAGUUAGGCCCACCUGGCAAGUACUGUGAUGCUCAGAGGCUUUCUCAGAGGCCUGAGACCACCCCACCCAAUGCAAGGUGGUCAGUAGGCAAAGGACGUGAAGGUACAGACUGCCCAGACACAGGUGCUCGUGGUUUUAUAGUAUGCCAGAGGUUGGGGGAAUGCAUUUUACCUUUUAUUUUUUAAAGGAUUAUAUUAAAAAAAAAAGAACAGAGACCAGAUGUAGCAGACACAGCCUAAAAUAUAAAAUAUUCACCACCUGGCUCUUUACAAAAAGGCUUACUGCCCCCUUGCAGUAUGUCAUUCAGGAUCAGUUAUGAGGACAGCUGGGCACAAGCAGUUUUCUCAUGUAAGCUAGCACUGCACCAUGUCCUUCCUUUUCACCUGUUCGUCUCGGCACACAGCUGCUGUUGCACAUUAUUUCCGAGCAGUGCCUGUGCACUAAAGAAGAAAAUAUUCCCCUUCAUUGAUUGAAUAUUUGUUGAAUCGGGAUCUGAUCUGCUAGGAUAAGUAGUUAAAACUAGAAGUGUGAAGUCUUCUACGUUUUCCUCUGUGGCAGUGCUCCCCACAAAGACUUGGUAAUGAACCUGAAGCCCAGAACAGCGCCUCCCCUGGCUGGCACAGGCAUGCCUCUUUCACCCUCUAGAGCCCUCCUCCUCCUUUGUCUGGUACAGUAUGUUUGCCAGCUCACUCCCCAAGUUCUGGUCACUGCUUGUGAACCUGAACGCUGGCCUGAGCCUGUCUGAACUCGAGUCCAGCCCGCUCACUCCCCAACCUCAUGAACACCAGCAUGUUGAUGGCCCCUUGUUGGCACACCAGCAGCUGUAGCCUGAAGUUCCGGGCUCUCUGGCCUGGCUCACCUCAUCCUGAGGAGCCGUCCUUGGACCCUCCCCUCUUCCCUCUUCUGCUUGUGCCAUCCAGCCCCCUUCUAGGAGGGCUCUUCUCCGGGACAGUCCCACACCUCCCGAGCACGUCACUGAGCACAAACGUGUCAUACUAGACGCAUCUUUCUCUUCUUCGUAACUCUUAAUUUACCUUCUAGAAUUUAGCCACUGAGUCCAAAUACUCUUCCAUUUAUCAGCUUUUCCAACCCACUUGUUUUCUAUAAUCUGCACCUCCUGCUGGCUUGCAGCUGAAGCUAUAGUGUUUAGGAGGUAGUUGGUGGGAAAGACGCCAUACAAACGAGAUUUGCAUAAUCUUGUAUGUUUAUACCACAGGUAGGGAUUUGUUUUAGAGCUACUGUAUCUUAAGGGAAUUAGUUUCACCAGUGUUCUGGGAGACUAUGUGUUCCUGACUAUGAUUUCAAAUACACAAUAUAAUACACAGUUAUAUACACCACUGUGGAAUUUAUUUCACUGUGUAAAUAGUGAUAUAUUCCUGUUCAAAUGCUUCUAUAGAAAGUAUUUAUUUUAACAAAAAAUUAACUGUCGAAAGGGCUUUCCAAAAAGUGUUCUUUCUAGCCACCCAUCCUCCCCAGUUACCUUGCUCAUCCGUCAAACCCCCAAACACAGUGAAGGCAGAAGGGUGCCGCCUCGGAACCCUCACUCUGUUUGGGCAGAUGCGGUGUGGGUUGGGAAUCUGAGCGCUUCCCCCCACUGUCCUCCCAUCGUCCCAGAACAAAGUGAGUCUCGCACAAUUGGCGUGGCUGUGCCAGCCGUGGCAUCGGGGCUUGCCCCAGGCAGCCCACUUUGUGCAUACACAACUGAUACCUUCCAAAUGUCCUCUCAACACCCUGUGCAGGGAAAUGAGCCUUAGUCGUAACCCCAAGGAACUCCAAACCCAUACCUGUGGGAAUAUGGAGAAACCACUGGUUGCCUCAAGAAAGCAUUAAGAUAUAUUUUUAGUCUUUCUCAUGUUUGUGAAAGACACACCUAUUCUCAUUCAUUAACCACGGGAGAUAAGCAUGUUUCCUUGCGCACCUUGACAGUACUCUUGAGCGCCUCAGCGCUCCUCCUCCUCCUCCUCCUCACCGUCCUCCUUCCCCCUCCCCCUCCCCCUUUUCCCUCUCAGCAAGCAUCUGUGCAGAUGUGGGCCAGCCCCACCUGUAAUCCAUGGUUACAGGAUGAGACCAUCUGCUCUAAGAUGUGUGCAGCUUUACCUCUCAGGAGUCUUGGUCUGCAAUUCAGAGCACCCCUAGAUUUAACGGAACUGAUGCUUUAUGAUCGUGUUCCUCUUCUCUGUGCCCCAUUCCUGGGCACCUCUGUGUGAGCCGUGACUCUCAUUCUCCACAGCUGGCUGGACUGAGAACCUCGGCUCCAAGACCGCAGGGAGCUUGGGACCGGACACACGGUGGGUGGGGGUGGGGGGAGGUCAGCAUCCACUUGAACCAUGAUUUGCAUAUUUUCUUACGGCCUCCCUUUGUCUUUUCUAACAAACGAGGAGGACACUUGAAUAGCAAUGCUGGAGAAUGUUUUUUCUAAGAUACUAUUUGUAAGCAAAUCUGAUUUUAAGGUGAAAUGUGAAUGGGUAACUAGGUGCCAGGGAAUUUAGCACUGAACUAGACCGUCAAAACUUUUUUAACCUUUGCAGGAGGAAAUAAAUUUUGCUCUCAUCUAAUGUUCACAAGAAGUAAUGUUGUAAAUAGUUUUUUAAAAAUAUUUAUUACAUGUGCUGUAUACAGAUUCAUGUUCUGAGUGAUGUUGGUUUGCAUUGUAGUAUUGUAGAAGACUAUAUUUUGAGCAGUGGACUUCCUUUCAUAACACAGUUCACACAUGGAGAAAGAACAAAAACCAGCAGGUUGAGAGCUGUUUGGGGCAUUUGAUCUGUAACGCUACAUCCAAUCCAAGCUUUAAUUGCCCCCUCUUCUCAUCUGGUUAUGUUAUAUAUUAUAUAUAUAUAUACAUAUGUAUGAUAAACUGGUCAGUUCCCAGAUCUGCAGAGCAGAUUUCCAGGUGUUCUUUCUGAUGUGUUGCCCAUAAGCAAUAAGACCCUAGGUAAUAACAUUUAUUCUGGGCUCUGCGUUGGCCCUUGUCUCAGAGGAUAGGGUGGGGGUAGAACAGCUCUUGCUAAGACCUCUUGCCUUUGCCGGAGAGGUGGCUGUACUUGAAUUUUUGCUUCUGUUUGUCUGCACGCUUCUUCAUGUCCUACAACUCUAGCAAUGGAUGAGAAAUCUGCCAGCACCAGACACAUCAAAAAUUGGGCAUAGAGAUUGAAAACUAAUCCAUUUUCCAUGGAUUUAUGGGGCUUCCAGAAUCUAGUUGAGGCCAAGCUCAUUUGGCUGUAAACAGAAGAACUUUUUAUGUUACACAAUUAAAUUGACAGUAAAAGCCCUUUGAGUCUAUCUGCCGAACCUUCAAAAGCUCAGCCCAUUUCCUGUGAUCCUCCUCUGUGCCUGGGUUUGAAAUGUCUGGGGUUAAACAUUUAGAUCCUUUAGAUCGGAGCACGGAAGGCAGUCCCUCCUCCACGUCUCCCAGCGUGUCCAGUUCAACAGGUUUCUAAGCUGUUUAGCAGCCUCUCCUUGUGACCGUCCUAAACUUUAUGAAAAAUACCCCACACCCGAAUAACCAUUAAUAGAAUAAUGUAGUUUUUUAGGCUUUUGGAAUAUGUCUUCUCUUUUAUAUUUAUGACGGUGUUUGGAAUUUUUCACUAGUGUUUUUUUAGAUUGAAGUGGGUGCGUUAGGAUAAAACUUUCCACUGCUGAGCGUGAAAGCAAGCAAGAGGAAAGAAACUGACCUAUAUUGUGUCAUUGGGAAGGUGGCUACUGUGGUGGGAGGGCGGGGAGGGGGCGUCGUAGAUUAUGUGCGAGUAAAAUAGAACUCUGGCCUGAGGCUCCCCGAGUGUUAUUACCUUGUAAUAAAUAAUCCCCUUAUUAGCCUCACUUAAUCUCAAUAGAAGCCUGCUGUUUACCCUCAGGGAACAAGUAGUUUUCAAAAUUGAGCUCCUCCAAGGUCAUUGGCCAGUGCCUGUGUACGGGCAAUGGUCGUCUUUGUGAACUCAUGGCAUUAUUUUCUCAUAUGCAUUAUGGUAGUAAGAAAUCCAACCCCAACCUGUAUGAAAAGCACAGCCCAGGGUCCUACUUUAGGCUAGAGUUCAUGCCUUUCAGGGGCCAGGGGGCCAGAGGAGGCCCAUGCAAUUUAACUGAAGCUCAGGUGCCGUGUUGGGUUUUUAUUCUUUUUAGGCCACGACCCUUCCGAAUGAGAUUGGGGCAGGGGCUGCUGAUCCGGCUAUGGAUCCAGGGAGCUCUAAGAUGAAUCUCUACAGUUCCUUUAAGGUCUUUCUGGUUCCUCCCCAUGUUGUCAUUGCCGAGGUCAAUCUCGUAGUUGUUCAGAUGUGCUCCUUUUUGCUGUCUUGUGAGUCUUAGCCAGUGAUCCAGAUGCCCAAGGAGAGAGUCUCUGGACUCUCAGUACCAAGUGUGUGCUCCUAACCUGUGUGCAGGUGGUCUUUCCAAAAGCAGUGAAUUGAGAAAUUCUGCAAGUGUUAAUCUGGAUGAUAGAUGUUUAUCUCUUGGGCCUGGAUUUCCACUGUGUUAGUAUAGGAAAAUACUGUGUCUUUAAUGGAUGAAAAUUCAAUGUAUGCUGUGAAUUUGUUGGUUUGAAACAUUGAAAAAUUUUCAUUAGACAAUGUUUACAUACCUCACCUGAAGAACCUUUGAGAGUGUAUAUAUGAAAUUUAAAAAUAUAUUAAGUUGCUUUAAAACAAUAUGUAUAGCUAUAAAAGUUGGAGUUAUUUUAACUUUGAAUAUGUACCAAGUCUCUUAAAUAUUGAAAUCUUGUGGACUUUUUGUGCUUCUGUGUUUUACUUUCCUAUUAGGCCAUGUAGGAAACUGUGUUCUUGUUAUUGGUAAAGGGGCCCUCACUGAAAUCCAAGCUUGGAAGGAUUUCCUUUGUUGUUUCAGAUUUUCUUGUUUGGUUUUGAGGGAUGGGGUGUGGAGCUAGAAGGUGUGUGGGAGGGAUUUCUCUAACAUUGACAUCUAUUCCAUGAGCUUUUUCUAGGCGCUUAUUUUAUU